AUGGAUAAAUUAAAAAAAUUUAUAAGAAGAACAAAUGUUAGUAAUAAAGGCAAUCAUAUUGAUUCCUCACAUUAUUAUCAACAAGAAACGGAACGACCACCGAAUAAUACAAGUGGACCAUUUACAUAUACAUGGAUUGUUAAGAAUUUUCAGGAUCUCUAUAAUCAAAAAUGCCUUGAAUAUUAUUAUAGUGAUCCUUUUAUCUCUCAUUCAACAAGCGAACAAGUCGGUACGAACGAAAAUUCAACAGACAUUACAGAAAAUAACGAUAAAAUUGAACAUAAAUGGAGAUUAUUACUCUAUCCUCAUGGUCAUCGAUCUAAAAAAGUAAAGACUCAUAUUUCUCUCUAUCUUUCAGCAAUACAAAGUAAUUUUGAAAAAGAAAAUAACAUAAAAACAAGAACUUCAAAGUGGAGGUUUGAAAUACUUAAAAUGAAUCAUGAAUUUGAAAUACCUAAAAACACAAGAAAUUCGACAAAUUCCACCGUAACAACAGGAUUAUCAAGGUUAAAUUGUUAUAGAAACAUGUUAGAAAAACAAUUUAUAUUUAAUAAUGAUAGAGAACCAACAUGGGGAAGUGUGAAAUUUUGUGAAUUUGAAACCAUAUUUCCUAAUAAUCUUGAUUCAAAAUAUAAUUUAAUAAGAAUGGAUAAAGUUGAUAUAGUAAUUCGAGUACAUUUUUUUGAUGAAAAUUAUACCGCAACAAAUCACGAUUUGGAAAUACUUAAUGUUGAUAUUUUAUUGAAAUUUGGACCAAAAUUAGAAGAAUAUUUCGAUAACGAAAGAUUUAGUGAUAUUGUAUUUAAAUUUGAUUGUGGAUCUCAACUUUAUGUAUCAAGACUUGUCCUAGCUUCAAGAUCAAUUUAUUUUAAGACAAUGUUUAAUGGGGAAUGGAUGGAAUCAAAAUCCUUAACUAUUCAUAUUAAAGAUGUUGAAUAUAAAAUCUUUAGAAAUAUAAUUUACUUUUUAUAUACAGGAAUUCUCGAAGAUGGAUUGACAUUUGAUACGUUGGUAAAUAUUUAUGCAGAAGCAGACAUGAGAGAAAUAGAAGAAUUGGCGAAAAUCGUUAUAUUACGUAUAGUAGAAAUGAUAAAUAAAGAUAAUUGGGAUGAUGUAUUACUGCUUGGAUGGGCAACGAAUAAUUAUUGGUUAAAAGAUCAAGCAUUGAUGUAUAUUCAUAGUAGGUGGGAAGAAUUAAAAGAUACUGAAAGAAUGAAAAAGGUUCUAAU